AGUGGCUAUUCCUUGGUAGAUUCGAGAGACUAUAAACAAUGUCCAGAUUUGGAUGUUGAUUUUUAAUGUUAUCACUACUAAUAUUGCUAGGCACCUACAGUUUUCAAUUUCAUCCCUUGGAUCUAGCUGAAGUAUCUUGUCAUAGUUUGGAUCCUAGUUGAAAUCCUCUUCCUCGUAAUUUUUGGAAGCUUAAUGCAAAUUAGGGAUAAGCAUGAACACCCAAAAACACCAAAACCAACCAAAUCAAACUUCGAAAGUCGGUCUUUAUGCUAGACCGAUUGGGGGUUGGUUUUUCAAAACCAUAGUGAAAAACCGACCAACAUCGACCAAAAUUUAGACUGAAUCGGCCAAACUCACUUUAUUAGUUUAUAAAACAUAGUCCAAACUCAAGGCCAACUCCAAACCCACUUUAUUAGUUUAUAUUAUUUAUUAUAUAAAUAUCUUAUUUUAAAAUAAAAAAUAGAAAUGAAAACAAAUUAAAUUAAUAAAAUAUAUAAAAUUAAAUUAUGGUAAGUAUGGACACCUGAAAAACCGUUCUGAACGAUCGAAACCAACCCAUCCGACAAAUAAAAAUUGAUUUUUUGGAUGGAUUGGUUGGGGGUUGAUUUUUAAAAAUAUUUGAAAAACCGACUGAGAGCUAGAUCGAAUUUUUCGUCGCGUGGGUGGUUUCAUCAAUACCAACCAUCACCAGCAUGAACCUCAACCUCAACCUCACAGGAACACGGGCAACUCUUCCUUCUGCUCGGUCACUUUUCGUCUUUUCAUUUUCCUUUCUCCAUCAUCAAGCAACCCAGACUCACCGUUGCCCGUCAUCUCCAGUCCUUUCCCUCUGUCCAUAGUUGAUUGUCGCCCCGAUCCUUUCCCUCUGCUGCCGUCACGUGGUACCUUCCCUUCUUUGGUAAGUUUUUCCUUUUCAUAUUCUUUUAGCUUUCAAAAUUGAUUCAUACCUUAACCCCAAACUCACAUUCACACUUUGUAUAAAGAAAAACGGUCCAAAAAACUUAACAGGCUGAACCACUCUAUCGGUUUUCUUCAUAUGAUUCGGGAGGUCGAUUUUAUACCGGUCGGGUUUCGACACCAAUUUUUAUUGAAAACCCAUCUGUCCAACAAUGAAUGCUAAAGAAUUUACGAUAUUCUUCUUUGGGUUUUUCAUCCCUUUCUUAGCACAUAUUUUUCAUUGCUUAUAUCUUUUAUCUUAAGAUGUUAUGUAGUUUUUAUUGCUAAUCUUGUCUAAGAACAAAAGAAAAAGAAAUGGUAUUUUAUUAAAUCGAUUGUAAUUGUUUCCGCCGCCGCUGGUCCAAUCCCCGCCACCAGCUUUUUUCUAUUCUCUCUUAAAAUCCCGUGCUACCAAUUCCAUCUCCGGUCUUUCCUCUCUCCGUCGUCGUCGCCUCCACGCUGCCACCGCCGCAUCUCUUUCUCCUCUGCUUAUCUCACUAUCCCACUCUGUUGCAACCUCACGCCGCCACUCCAACACCGUUUUCCCUUUCUGUUCCGGUGCCCCUCUUCUCCACCAUUCUUAAUCUAUCCUACUCGUCGUCCGCCCCAUUUCUUAGUGAUCGGUAUCGGCACGAACGGCUGACACCACGACCUGGUUUUCUUCCAACACGUUCAUCCCUUUCCUCUCUCGAUGGAGGGUACCAUUGCUGAAGAACUUUAUUCCGAGAGUUUGCAGUCGACAAAGUCAAAAUUGGGUGAUAUUUCGUUAUCUGAUUACAAAAAAGAUCGGCCAUCAGGUUCUGGUGUGGAUGACUCGUGCAAAGAUGAUGGAUCUUUAUGGGGUGGCUCUGAUGAAGGCUUGGAGGAAACCGCUGAUUUGGACAGGGAGUGGCAGAGAAGACAUGACCAAUUUCAUACGAUUGGAUACCGUGAUGGUUUAAUUGCUGGGAAAGAAGCUGCAGCUCAAGAGGGAUUUAAUAUUGGCUUCAAGCAGUCAGUCUCUGUUGGAUAUAAGUUGGGUCUUGUCAGAGGUGUUAGCAGUGUGCUUGCUUCUCUUCCUGAUGACUUGAAAGAGAAGCUAGCAGGAACUCCAGAGAACCAAAGUAAAUUUCAAAGCUUGUAUGAAUCUGUGAACUCCCUUUCGACAGUAGAUGCGCUGAGGUUAUUCAAUGGGGAUAUUACGACACAACACACGAAAGAAGAGUUUGUCAGUGCAAAUACAAAUUCGCAAACCUUGGAUUUGUUGAAGAAAAAUCCAGAUUACGGUCGUCUAGGAAAGUUCUAUGAAGAGCUUGCAGCACAUUUACCACAAUCGCCUGCUCUGAAUGUUCAUUUACAUGAAGAACGUUAGAUUUUGCUGUAACUUAUAGCAUCAAUGCGACUUUUGUAGGCAGACAUUUCUUUGUGGAAAUUUGGGCAUUGACCAUGUUUGUGCUUGUUACAGCUAUGUAAAUAUUUACAAUUGGGGAUUGACAUAUUUUCUUUAAAUUUGUUAUGUAUUUGUUUAGCUAACAACAUGAAUAUGAGAUAUCUGAUGGGAAUGGUGUGAUUAUUAGAAUAUUUCUUUAUCAAAGAGGUUUUUCCAUGGCUGUGAA